AUGGCCAUUCAAGAUCACCAUCAACGCCCUCUUAUCCGUUUACUCAUUAGUGUUCAAAUCAGCUGUCGCUUAUGUGGUCACUUCAUCGCUGGCCGCGGCCCAUGGGGCUUAAUGACCAUGCUCUGGGAGCAUCAGGUCCAGCAACCACUCAUAAUCCUGGCAGCCGUCAUUAUGAUAUCUGGUCUUGCCAUAGACCCUUUUGCACAACAACUCAUCCGCCCCUUUGAUUGCAGCGCCCCUCUGGACCAUCAUAUUGCGACAUUACCUCGCACGAACCAGAUCGACAAUUACUUCAGCUCUGGAGAUGAAGGAGAAAUCUUAACCCAUACCCUACGCUCUGCUCUGGUAGCAGGGCUAUUUUCCUCGGGCAACGAAAUACCGUUCGAAUGCUCCACGGGAAACUGCACAUUCUCAGAACUCUAUAAUACUUUGGGUAUAUGCAGUGCCUGUGAAGAUCUAUCAAGCAAGACCGUGGUGGAAUCGAAACGAAGGAACCCAUCUCUGAACUUUGACACUCAGAACAUAACGACCUAUUUCUCAUCUGGAGAUGGAAGCCGUUACUGGGGAGUUCAAGGUGAACAGCUAAAUACAAGCUUUUUCGGUUCUUUCUACGACCGACCCACUGACGUGGCUCGUAUGGACAUCCGGUCAUUGCCCGUCGAUGACUUUUUACUUCGCGUCGACAUCCUUGUGGGAAAGACAACGUAUUCGGAUGACAGCCGUCUCAUUUCAACUGGACAAAAUAUCACUGGAUGCGAUACAGCGGAGGCUAGCAACACAUGGGCCUGCAGAGGCUACGGUGCCGCAAGCUGCACCCUCCAGCCUUGCAUCCGAACGUACCGUGCAAAGAUUGAGGCAGGCUUUCUGAUGGAGCAACUGGUAUCACAGUCUCCGGAUAUCAGAUGGGGCUCGCCUCGGGACCUUUAUUACCAUGGGUUAUUGGACACCAAAUGCAUGUCGAUACAAGAGGUAGCAUUUCUUGAGACCCGGGGCUACGAAUUGCACAACACCACUCGUUGGAUUCCAUUUUACGGGGACCCUAGCAACAACAACAUGACUACAUACGAUGUCUCAAGCGAUUGGGUAAGCAAUGUUGAAUCACUUUUGCGCCACAAAUGUCUCCACCUGAUAAGCAGAUGGUUCAUCUCCAAGGUCGGAUACGGCAACGGGCGCGGCCCAUCCGCUCACGACCCGGCCGCAUCCCAAUUUGUAGGCACCGUCCGGGGCCUCAUGUGGGAUACGAAUGAGUCGGAUGAGGACAUUCUGAAUGUGUUCGGCGGACCGGAAGUAUUACAAAAUAUAUAUAACUACGGCAAAGUGGACUUUGAGCGCAUACAGAGUGUUUUUAAAAACAUCUCAGACUCACUCACGACAUUUAUACGCACCCACGGGAACACGAGCUACUCGCAGCCAGCGAGAGGUCAGGUCCAGCACUACGCGACUUGUUUAGGUGUUCAAUGGCCCUGGAUUACGUUGCCUGCGGGGAUAGCGAUGCUUCUCAUUCUAUUCCUGAUCCUAGUUGCGGAGAACACUAGAAAACGUGAGACGCCGGUUUGGAAAGCCUCUCCACUACCAUGGAUCCUUGGCAGUGGUUUAAGGAAUAACGAUUCACCUUUGGGCUCGGAAAGAGUGAUCAAGAGUGCUGUUACCCUGGCUGGAAUGGAGGAUGAAUCCAGACAGAUUCUGAUUGCCUUAUCUGACGGAACCGCACCGACAAUUGGGAUGACCCAUAUGCGGGAUCAUAAUCUUCAGAUUACCAAGGCGUGA